CAUAUGAAUAAAAACCUCGCUCAUCUCAUUACACACUGGACUCCUUCCAAUAUUCUAUCUAAGGAAGGAAACGCAAAUAAAUUCUGUUUGAUUGUGCUCAACCAACCUAUCCAUCAUAUCAAUACGUUUAGCCACUUGUGGAAGAAUGCUUCUUUUCGAUUCGUGGCAGACGGCGGGUCGAACCGUCUUUACGACGCAUUUAAACAUGACCCGCAAAUUUUGGAACAGCAUCUUCCUGAUGAAAUACGAGGCGACCUUGAUUCAAUAAGACCUGAUGUUCAUGCCUAUUAUGAAUCCAAGCAAGUCAAAAUCACCAGAGUAUCUGAUCAAGACUCAACAGACUUUAUGAAAUGUGUUGCUUUAUUACAUGAAAAAGAAAAGACGCAAGGUCAAAUUUAUGAUAUUGUGGCAACACCUGCUUUUGGUGGAAGAUUCGAUCAAACCAUGCACAAUGUCAAUUUACUCUACACAUUAAAUGAUCAAAGUGAACGACGUACAAUUUUAGUCAGCGAUGAAAACUUGACCAUGCUACUGGAUAAAGGAACACAUCAUAUACAUUGUCAACCAACAUUAGAAGGUCCGAUAUGUGGUAUUAUGCCUAUCGGUUAUCCCGCGACACUGACUACCAAAGGGCUAAGAUGGAACCUAACUGACACAAAAUGUCAAAUGGGCGGCAUGUUUAGUACAUCAAAUCAGAUAGAAGAUAAACUUAUUGAAGUUAUAACAGAUGCUCCUGUUGUCUGGACAAUCGAGAUUCAUCACAAAUAAAAUGGUUGGUUCCUGAAUACAUCAAGUGGCGCUUAAAUAUUCUUCUUGAUAUCUGAUAAAAUAGAUAUCUUUUUGUUUGUGUUCUCAAGUGUUACUUUAGCUCAAACAUGCAUUUUUUUUUUU